GCGCGGGCGGUGCGCGGCAUCUUCGGCGCGGGGUCCCCGGCCGGUGGCUUGCGCUCGGGCGCCCCAAGGCAAGGAAGGGCGUCGGGGCGGCUGGGAGCCGGACCCUCGCCUCCAAAGGCUGCCCAAGGACCACCGCCGGCCCCGCAGAAGGCGAGCGAGGCUGAGCCAGGGCGGACGAGCCGGAGAGCCUCGGCCUCCCUCCCUUCCUUCCUCCCUUCCUCCCGUCCCGGCUUGGCUCGGCUCGGCCUGGCCAUGGCAGCCGCCGAGAUGGAGAGCGCUGGGGAAGGGGAGCUGGCCGAGCGCGUCUUGCUGAACGUGUCGGGCCUGCGCUUCGAGACGCGCCUGGGCACCUUGGACCAAUUCCCGGAGACGCUGCUUGGCGACCCGGCUAAACGGCUGCGCUACUUCGAUCCUCUGCGCAACGAGUAUUUCUUCGACCGGCACCGGCCCAGCUUCGACGGCAUCCUCUAUUACUAUCAGUCGGGAGGAAAACUCCGCCGGCCGGUUAACGUCUCCUUGGAAGUCUUCGCCGACGAGGUGCGCUUCUACCAGCUGGGCGAGGAGGCCUUGGAGCGGUUCCGGGAGGAGGAAGGCUUCCUGCGGGAGGAAGAGAAACCUCUGCCCACCCAUGAGUUCCAACGUCAGGUGUGGCUGAUCUUUGAGUAUCCCGAGAGCUCCGGCUCGGCUCGGGGCAUCGCCAUCGUCUCCGUGUUGGUUAUCCUCAUCUCCAUUGUCACCUUUUGCUUGGAGACCUUGCCGGAGUUCCAAGAGGAGCCGGCGGAGAUCCGGGAUCCUACGGGCCAGACGCCGCGUCCGGGCAUCCUAGCCGACCCUUUCUUCGUCAUUGAGACCACUUGCGUCAUCUGGUUCACGUUCGAGCUCUUGGUACGGUUCUUCGCCUGUCCCAGCAAGCCGGAGUUCUCCAAGAACAUCAUGAAUAUCAUCGACGUGGUGGCCAUCAUCCCUUACUUCAUCACUCUGGGCACCGAGCUGGCUCAUGAGCAGCAGAAGGGAGAACCACAACCACAACAGCAGCAGCAACAACAACAACAACAACAGGGCAACAGUGGAGGCCAGCAGCAAGCUAUGUCCUUGGCCAUCCUGCGGGUCAUUCGCCUGGUAAGAGUCUUCAGGAUCUUCAAGCUGUCCAGGCACUCCAAAGGGUUGCAGAUCCUGGGACAGACCUUGAAAGCUAGCAUGAGGGAGCUGGGCCUCCUCAUCUUCUUCCUCUUCAUCGGGGUCAUCCUCUUCUCCAGCGCCGUCUAUUUUGCCGAAGCCGAUGACCCCGAAUCCUACUUCUCCAGCAUCCCGGAUGCCUUCUGGUGGGCUGUGGUCACCAUGACGACGGUGGGCUACGGUGAUAUGAGCCCCAUCACCGUCGGAGGGAAGAUUGUGGGUUCCUUGUGUGCCAUCGCUGGCGUGCUCACCAUCGCCCUACCCGUGCCGGUGAUCGUGUCCAACUUCAACUACUUCUACCACCGAGAGACGGAUCAAAGUCUUCUCCAAGAUGACCCGGGAAGCGUUCACGGCAGCUCAGAGGAAGAGGCGAAGAGUAAAAACUCCUCCUGUAAAUCCGUGAUGCACUUGGAGCACCUCGACGAGACCCACAACGGGACCAGGUCGGUGGAGAAAACCAACCUCAAAGCCAAUAGCACCAUAGAUCUUAGGAAGUCCCUUUAUGCACUUUGUAUGGAUUCUACCCGGGAGACUGAUUUGUGAAGGACGCAAGACUCCUGUUGUGAUUUAAUCAGGGAAGAAAUGACUUUCGUUUUAUUUAUUUUUAUUUUUUAAGUUGGGUAGCUUAUCUAAAAAAACAACAACAACAUCUCAAAGUUAGUGAAUUCUUUUUUUAAAAAAAAACAACAACCACGAUUCAUUCCUUUGGAUGACUCAGCAUAUGCUGAGCAAAGAUUUAAAACCAGCAAGGAGUUAGUUAGUUUGGCAUCCGUUUCCCAUUUAUCCGAGGGGCCUUUUGGGGAAAAAAAAGGACUUUGCUUGUAGAGCAAAUUUAUUUUCAUAAACAAACUCCAAAACGGUGGGGAUUUCUUGUAUAGUUCAUUGGUAGCUCCCAGCCUCAAAUCCCUUAUAACCCUGUCUUCUAAGGCCAUUUUUCCCCCUCCCAUGGAUAGUUAACAAAUUUUUGUAGAUACCAUCGUUUCAAGCUAAAAUAUUUCUAUUUUUAAUAUGUGUAUGAUGAAAAUAGCCAUGUUACUGUGAGAUACGAAACCCUGACCUCUAUAUAGACUUUUAGCUAAGGAAUAGAUUUCCUAUUUUAAAGUUAAAAAAAACAACACAUCAACCCUUUCCUUGUAUGUGUGACAAAGUCCUAUUUUCAGCAUUCUCGUAGCAUUGCGUUGUCUAAGUUUUGUACCUUUGGUGAGAAUUAAAUUACAUAAAUGGCAAUCUU